AUGCCGGGGGAGACGGAAGAGCCGAGACCCCGGGAGAAGCAGGACCAGGACGGGGGAGAGGCGGCGGCGGCUAAGGCGGCUCCAGAGGAGCCCCAGCAGCGGCCUCCCGAGGCGGCGGCGGCGGCGCCUGCGGGAACCACGAGCAGCCGCGUGUUGAGGGGAGGCCGCGACCGGGGCCGGGCCGCUGCGGCCGCCGCCGCCGCUGCAGUGUCCCGCCGGAGGAAGGCCGAGUACCCGCGCCGGCGGAGGAGCAGCCCCAGCGCCAGGCCUGCCGACGCCCCAGGGCCGCAGUCCCAGGCCGCGAAGCCCCCGUCUCCAGCUCAGGGCAAGAAGAGUCCGCGACUCCUAUGCGUAGAAAACGUAACAACGGAUAAAGGUCCCAAGGAGGAGAAAGAGGAAGAAGAAGAUUCUACCCUCCCUCAGGACAUCUCCAUUUCAACGCGGCCUACCCGGGGCUGGCGCAGUAGUAGCAGGACAGCUGCCUCUCGCCAUCAAGACACAGAGAACACCCGAAGUUCUAGGUCCAAGACAGGUUCAUUGCAGCUCAUCUGCAAGUCCGAACCAAACACAGACCCGCUUGAUUAUGAUGUUGCAGAAGAGCAUCAGUCUCUGGGUGGCAUUAGUAGUGAAGAGGAAGAGGAGGAAGAAGAGAUGUUAAUCAGUGAAGAGGAAAUACCAUUCAAAGAUGACCCAAGAGAUGAGACCUACAAACCCCACUUAGAAAGAGAAACCCCAAAGCCACGGAGAAGAUCAGGGAAGGUCAAAGAAGAAAAAGAGAAGAAAGAAAUUAAAGUGGAAGUAGAGGUAGAAGUGAAGGAAGAAGAAAAUGAAAUUAGGGAGGAUGAGGAGCCUCCUAGAAAGAGAGGAAGAAGGCGAAAAGACGACAAAAGUCCCCGGUUACCCAAAAGGAGAAAAAAGCCUCCGAUUCAGUAUGUCCGUUGUGAGAUGGAAGGAUGUGGAACUGUGCUUGCGCACCCACGCUAUCUGCAGCACCACAUUAAAUAUCAGCAUUUGCUGAAGAAAAAAUAUGUAUGUCCUCAUCCCUCCUGUGGACGACUCUUCAGGCUCCAGAAGCAACUUUUACGGCAUGCCAAACAUCAUACAGAUCAAAGGGAUUACAUCUGUGAAUAUUGUGCUCGGGCCUUCAAGAGUUCGCAUAAUCUGGCAGUGCACCGGAUGAUUCACACUGGCGAGAAGCCAUUACAAUGUGAGAUCUGUGGAUUUACUUGUCGGCAAAAGGCAUCCCUGAAUUGGCACAUGAAGAAGCAUGACGCAGACUCCUUCUACCAGUUCUCUUGUAAUAUCUGUGGCAAAAAAUUUGAGAAGAAAGACAGCGUGGUGGCGCACAAAGCAAAAAGCCAUCCUGAGGUGCUGAUUGCAGAAGCUCUGGCUGCCAAUGCAGGCGCUCUCAUCACCAGCACUGAUAUCUUGGGCACUAACCCAGAGACCCUCACACAGCCGGCAGAUGGGCAGGCUCUUCCUCUUCUCCCUGAGCCCUUGGGAAACUCCCCCUCUGGAGAGUGCCUGCUGCUCGAUGCCGAAGGGAUGUCCAAGUCUUACUGCAGUGGAACGGAACGGGUGAGCCUCAUGGCCGAUGGGAAGAUCUUUGUGGGAAGUGGCAGCACUGGGGGCACUGAAGGGCUGGUCAUGAACUCGGAUCUCCUCGGUGCUACCACAGAGGUUCUCAUUGAAGAUUCAGACUCGACUGGACCUUAGUGGGAGGGAAGACUUUGUAUUUAAAGAGAAAAAGGACAAAAAAACAAACAAACAAAAAACUUAAGCAUUUAAAAUCUAGUAAAAUAACUGAAGGGCCUGUUCUUUUUCCAUUGUGGAUCACAGCACAUAAAAAUACCCAUCCCUAUUCUCCUUGUCCCCUUUAUAAAAUUUAAUGCUGCAUUUACCAGAAAGGUGGACAAAAAAAAGUUCUUACAAUACAUCAAGUUAUCCUCAUCCUCGGUUCCAGCCAGGCAGAUUUCCUGCAGAUCUCUUCCAACC